AUUGCAGCAGAGUGCUGGUUUAAAACUCCACUGCACCGCUAUCAUGAGCAGUGCAUGCUCCGUUUGCAAACAUGAGGUAUGCAGCUGUGAUACUGAUUUUGUGCGCUCUGGUAGCAUUGAUUAAUGCUGCCUGCUGGCUCAAAGAAAAGAAACCAGCAAUUGUGGAGAGCGAUGGAAACAUACGGAUUAAAGACCCAGCCCUGGACCCUUGCCUGGAUGAAUUUGAUAAUCAGAGCUAUCCUGUUGUGUCCACAUGGAGAAGCGGAAAAUGCCAGCGGUGUACUUGCACAGAGACAGGAAUGAGAUGUUGCGACAUGAUGGGAUAUGCACGUGGAUAUGACAGUGACUGCGAGGUGCAUUACGACUGGGAGAGCUGCAAAUUUGAAGUAGUCAAAAAGUCUAACCACAGCAUUUAUUGUCCCCACAGUGCACUUCUGAAAUAACAAGCUUCUACAGGAGUGCACUAUUUAACAUGGACGGUAGAGUGCAGUGCAUCUCUGUUGUGUAUACCAUCUAAGACCAACUAUGUGGAUCAGCAUCAUCACUUAAAUAAUAAAAAAUAUCAAGAUAGAAAUGUACAGAUGUUUAUUUUUGACGCAAAUGCAGGUUACCCUGGGAUGAGUGAAGAAUGAAGACCGUUCCCACCCUUAAGAUGCUCUGGUUACUAAUGGUUUACUUUGAUUAUUUAAUUGUAACAUUGUAUUUUAAAUACACAAACAUUUCCACCAA